GGGUUAAUGCAAAGUAAUGGGUUCUUUGUUAGGCACAAAGAGCAGGUCCAGAAACCAUGCCGAAGAACAAGGGUAAGGGAGGAAAGAACAGGAAGAGAGGAAAGAACGAAGCUGAUGAUGAAAAGCGUGAGCUUGUGUUCAAGGAAGACGGACAAGAGUAUGCCCAAGUGCUUCGUAUGCUGGGCAAUGGCCGUUGCGAAGCCAUGUGCAUUGAUGGCACUAAGCGCCUCUGCCAUAUCCGUGGAAAGAUGCACAAGAAAGUCUGGAUUGCAGCAGGUGAUAUAAUCCUAGUGGGGCUCCGUGAUUAUCAGGAUGACAAGGCUGAUGUGAUUCUGAAGUACAUGCCUGAUGAAGCAAGGCUCCUUAAAGCGUAUGGUGAACUUCCAGAGAGCACUCGUCUCAAUGAGGGCAUCAUUGAUGAAGAGGAUGAAGGUGCGGGAGAUGAUUAUAUUGAGUUUGAAGAUGAAGAUAUUGAUAAGAUCUAGGCGUUGGCAUUUUGACCCUGUUUGAAACAUGUGCUCAAUCUUGAGUGAUAUGGCUUAUGCCAGCGGUUGUUAUAAAAGGCUUAAGUAUGGAAUUUGCUCUCAUAAAUUUGGACUGCUAAGUGGUGAAUUUCUCAGGUUUCAUGUAUUUGGCGAAUUGUUCACAUUCCAUGUAAUGUUAUUAAAAUUUCCAAACCAUGCUUCGUUCCCAGGGUUUCCUUGCUGUAGUUGAUUUCUUGAACAUGUUAAUCAGUCUUAUUUGGAAAUAGUUGCCAUCUAGAUAUACUUAUAGUAUCCUUGUUUCUGCUUUGUGUUAUAACUGAGAAAGAAUGCUUGAUUGAUAAGCAAAGCAUCUAGUGCCUCCGCAUUGGUU